UGGUUCAAGCCGGGAGGAGACGACGGGACGGGGACGGUAGGGUCUAGAUGAUUCCGUCCAGAGCAAAGCAAAGUAAUGGCCUGAGCUUUGGAUGCUCCGCUCCGCCUUAACCCGACCUCAGGCCACGAACCGAGCCCCAAUCACGAACCAACGGCUCUAGGCGAGCUACCUACCCACCACUGCGUCAUUCCACCACCUAUUCUACCUAUCUAGGUAAGAUUCAUCUUGCCUUACCUUUACCUUAACAGCUCCUUGACAACAACACCACCAACAACAACGACGCAAUCACGAGGUAUGUAGCCUAUCUCCUGAUAUUUCACCAUAUGACUCCUAUGAACAAUGUAGCCUAGCUUGGCCUAUCCACAUGUCAAUUGCUAUCCUACUUUUUAAUAUAUAAGAACCUACCUACUGCUUUUCCAAUCCCUUCCGCAACAAGCUUUAGCAACCAAUACAAAACACGACUUGCUAAUCAACGACUAUUCACGUCGCCUCAGAUUACAAUGUUCCGCCAGACCCUCACCAAGAUUCCCUCUCGCGGCCUCGCGACACCCGUCUCCCGAACAUUCUCGACCACACUACGAGCUAUGGCUGCCGGUGACACGGGCGCACCCCCAAAGACAGGUGGCCAGGGGUACGUUAACUACGAUCUCCGCGAACCCGCACCAAAAUACCUCAAAACACCAUAUGCCUACCAUCUCUUAUGGAAUGCGCAUACCAAUAGCCGAGUUUGCGAGGGAGCCCAUAGAUUAGACCCUCUGCUCACCCCCGCGCUAUACUUACUCCCAUCUCACCUCUGCAACCCAUCAACAGACGCCUUCCAGCGCAGAGAGAAGGCCAACGAGGACUACGCCAUCCGCCAGCGUGAGAAGGAGAAGCUCAUGGAGCUCCGCAAGAAAAUUGCGGAGCAAAAGGAUCACCUCCAGAAGCUGUCCGACCACAUCGACGAAUUGACAAAGGAACAAGGCGGCGAGAAGAACUAGUGUUAUGAUAGCUCAGCGUGCGCGCCUCAAGCAGCUCUGUCAACGUUGUAUGGAGCUGCGCAUUAUUAGAUACGCUGCUGCAAAAGGAAAAUCGCAUCUUUUGAGUCACUUUUUUCUCUUCGUCAUGCGUCAAUUUAUGCAUAGUGUACAUCCAUACAAUUUCUACGUCUUCUGUAGAGUAACCUCCAGGUCAUCGAAUACCAAAGCGCCUCUCGCCCCUUGCCUCUCCAGUAGUAUGCCAUCAUUGCUUUUUCAAUGCCAUUUACUAGGCGUCUAGAUUAU